ACCUCCACCGCGUCCUCAGCUUGUGGGGAUUGCUGUGCACAUGAAUGUGUGCUAUUGUUCCAGGCACACGUCGGCCUGGAGAAAUAGCACAAAACAGCCCGUCCUUAUUCAGAGGCAGAGCCCCCUCCAUCACUCAGACCAGCCCUCCCAGGUCACAUGCUGGAGGCCUCCGCAGACAGGACGCAGCUGCCUCGGAUCUGCAGCCUAACAUUAGCCGCGGUUCGCAAAACCUGACAGCACCGAGCCUUCACAGGGGCCACUAGAAAGAUGUGGGGUCCGGGCACUAUGUUCUCCGAGGAACGCUGGCUGGAAAAUGAGAAAAAGUGUGCUGUGGUUCGGAAGCCUAAGCCAGGCCGGAAGCGCCAGGAGCUGCUGGCCGUGGCCUUGGGGGUUAAGGUGGGAGUCAGAGGUGGUUUUCUGUGGCCUCCUCUCAAACUCUUUGCCUGUUCACAGAUCUCAUCCCUGGUCCGAAGGGCCGCCCUCACGCACAAUGACAACCACUUCAACUACGAGAAGACCCACAACUUUAAGACAGCUGUGAAAGCAAAUGAUGACAGGAGAUACCAUCCAGAAGAUUUGUUUGCGCUCCGGGUACAGAGGGGCACCGCGACAGCCUUGAUGCUGCUCCCCAGACCAAGCAAAAAGAUGCAGAAAGCCGUACCAGUAACCCGAGUAACUGUUGGAACUAGAAAGCCCUUUGUCAGAGGUGACCAGGGAAACCUCUUUUAUUCUGUCGUUUUCCAGUUCUUCAUGAAGGACAAACAUGUGUCUAUUAAAUAUACAUUCGUGUCAGUUCGGAAUCAGAUCACUGAUUGUUUUUCAGAUGGCGAAAAGGCAGAUAUAUCCGCUAACGUCUAUCCAGACAUAAACAUCAUCACUGGAGCCCUUAAACUGUACUUCAGAGACUUACCCAUUCCUGUUAUCACCUAUGACACCUAUCCCAAAUUUAUCGAGGCAGCCAAAAUCUCCAAUGCCGACGAGAGGCUGGAAGCCGUCCAUGACGUGCUGAUGCUUCUGCCUCCAGCCCACUACGAGACCCUCCGAUACCUGAUGAUCCACCUCAAGAAGGUGACAAUGAAUGAGAAGGACAAUUUCAUGAAUGCUGAAAAUCUGGGGAUCGUGUUUGGGCCCACGCUGAUGAGGUCCCCCGAGGACAGCACCCUCACCACCCUCCAUGACAUGCGGUACCAAAAGCUGAUUGUGCAGAUUUUAAUAGAAAAUGAAGAUGUUUUGUUUUAAUCCACCAGGGAAAUGAGACGAAUGGCCCCAGCCCCAUCUUGUUGAUAAGGCUAAAGGAACAAAAACACUUCUUACAACACUUGAUUUCUUUUUUAAACAAGUGACAGAAUUUCCUGGACCGCAGUGGAUUGUCAAGUCGGCUACUGUGUCUCAUAGACACCCGCCUCCUCCACGUGAGAACAGCAGGGGUGAGAGUGACCAAAGGCCCUGUCUUGGGUCUUUGCUGUGCCUCCUACAUAUGUCUGUUUUGCUGGAAGAGUGAUUAAUAAAUCUUUCUUUAACUUAUUAAAAAAAACAAGGUAGAUCUUUACGCUUCAGUCUUAUCAGUAAUAAAAGGGAAUUUAAUUCAUAGAGGUACUUGAUACAGUUAUACAUUUUCCACUUACAAGAAGAAGACAAUUCUAUGUUAAAUGUUAAAUGAAACUUAUAUUGUAAAAUGUAUUUUUAUUUUAGCUGCAAGAAUGUUACUUUAUUUCAGCAAAUAGAACUCAAUGCAGUGCAUUGAUUAUGACCCUGUGUACCUUGUCCUGCUUCUUGCUGUGAUCCCUGAAAAAGUUUACCAUGAAUGCAGUAUUAUCUUGACAUACCUCUGUCCUUAUUAGUGCUUUGCAAUGGAAGUUCACCGGCCACCUGUGUCCCUGCUUUUGAUAGGUUUUGCCGUUAAGCACGGGCAUCUUGCAGUCGUACGGUAUAUGUUUAUAGCAAUUGUAGGAUGGUCUGAAACAUCCAGAUUUUCUUUCCAUAAAAGUUUUGUGAAAUCCCAAAGUAUGUUUUGGCAUUGGUCAGAGUCUUUCCAUAUCAUGUGUGUAUAUCCCAGAACAUGCAGAAUGUGGUCAUUUUACAUAAAAUGAUGUGGGAACACUGGUUGAAUCUGGGCCAUGUAAAAAGUGAGCACUUUCCCUAUGUCUUUUCAGGCCAGCACUCGGAAGUAACCAAUUAAUGGCAAGUUGUAUUGUUGUCACAUUUCUGUAUUUAUGAAAAGUGAAUUACUGAUUACUGAUUUUUUUUCCAUUUUUGUUUUAUAAACAAGCCUAUUUUUCAAAGUAAGAAUGAAUAAGUUUGGUUUUUACAAAUAUUUGUUCCUACUUGAUAAAAGUAGCUCUGUAUGGAUCAUAAUUUAAUACGAUUUGAUCGCGAUAGUUCCAUCUUCUGGGUUAUAAAUUUAGCUUAGCAUGAGCUUUUCACAGCAAGAUCUCUAUAUUUGGUAACAUAGGUAAAAUAUUUAAAGCAUCAAAACCUGUAAAUUUAAUUUUUUUUUUCUGAAAUCCAACUACAAUGUCUUUUCCUCUGAUUGUCUGAGAUGAUCCAUGUACUUACUGGCUAGUUUUAUUUUGGAGUGACCAGAAGAGAAUUACUGUGUGGUGCGUGAGCUGAAAGGAGGAAAGCAGUGCAAUCGUCCUGGACAGUUCCAAGGGCUACGCGGAUGGACUCCGUUGGCACACGGUGGGGGGGGAGGGGUCAAAAUGGUUCUGCUGGGUCCCUGCUAUUAUUGUUCCUCCCAACUGUACAGAUUUGUUGGUUGUAGCUUAUGUACUUCUUGAUACUGUCAAAAAAUCAUCUGAAAAUGGUUUUAUUUUGUGAAGUGAAUAAUACUUUGUAAUUUAUGAUAGUGUAAAUGGAAGGAAAAGCAUUAAAUGUAUUAAAUUCUUCUGUCUAUCA